GUCAUCCUCCUUUUUCCUUGACUCAUCCCCAUUGUUUUUACCAGGAAAUGCCAUUCUUAUAGACUCUAUCUGGUUGUUUAUUAUGGCUGUUACUAUACUCACCAAGUCAGUUUAUGGUCAAAGUUAUAGAUUGCCUAUGAGUAGUUCUCGAGUGUAGAUAGUAGCUAGCCAGGAUUUAGUCUAAGGUAUUACCAUAACACUAAGACAUUGACGAGUUUAUAUAAUCUACCUAGCUCUAAGACUGAACAUUAUCUAAACGAUAAUUUCCAGUGUUUCCUAUAUCUCUUUAUAUUCUGAUAUCAUUGGCGAACAUUCCCCACUCGGGCGAUAUGUAUUGCCACGGAUGUCUACGAUAGUCCCGAUAUUUCUGUAUUGGCAGUGCGGGGAGAAAUGAAUGCCGGGUAUAUUACAAGACUAGGGGUGAUAUUAGCCACAAACCAUCUCGGUUAUCUGUCUUGGAUUCAUCAUAACAUCUGUCAAUCUCAAGUAAACCUUUCUUGGUUUAAAAUAUUUUAUCUUUUCUAUCAUAAUUCUUUCUAAAUUUCUAAAUUGGUCUUAAAUGGCAGAUCAAAGGAAGCCGCGGAUAAUCCUUGGCCUCAUGGUCAUUGGUCCCGAGGGAAGUCCGGGGGCACGUAUGACGGAUCCGGAUGAUUUCAAGAAGGCCCUGGACAUCUUUCAAGAGCGAGGUUACCAUGAGCUCGACACGGCACGCCUAUAUAUCGGUGGGAAGCAGGAGGCAUUUACAAGACAGGCCGGGUGGAAGGAGAGAGGUCUAUCCAUAGGCACAAAACUAUGGCCGCUACCACCAGGAUCUCACGAGCCAGAGGCACUAACAAGUGCAUUCGACACUUGUCUAAAGGAGCUUGGGACAGAUUCUGUAGACAUUCUCUACCUUCAUGCACCUGACCGAUCCGUGCCUUUCGUAACUACACUUGAAGCCAUAGAUAAGCUGCAUAAAGCUGGCAAGUUCUCGCGACUGGGUCUCAGUAACUAUGCAUCUUUCGAGGUGGCCGAGAUCGUCAUGACGUGUAAGCACAAUGGAUGGGUAAAGCCAACAGUGUACCAGGCCAUAUACAACUGCCUAUUCCGGACUAUUGAGGACGAAUUGAUUCCAACUUGCCGUCGUUAUGGUAUCGCUGUCGAUGUAUACAGCCCGACUGGAGGCGGAUUCCUCCUCGGCCGGAUCACAUCAAAGGACGACGAUCCGGAGGAAGGAAGAUACGCAGCAGGCCCAUUUCAGCAUUUGACGCGAGGGCGGUACUUCAGAGACGGCAUAAUCGAGGGAGCACAGCUGAUCCGUGAAGCUGCCGAGGCACGAGGUUUGAAUGCCUUGGAGGUAGCGAUGCGCUGGUUGGUGCACCACUCGAUGCUACGGGUUGUCGAAGGGCAGGACGGGGUCGUGAUUGGCUUCUCUAAUCUACAACAACUAAGGGACAAUCUAGACUACCUAGAAAAAGGACCGUUAGACGCGGAGCUACUUCAGGUACUACAGCGAGCAUGGAAAGCAGCCAAGGGGGACAUGGAAACAUAUUGGCAGCUACCAAUGGUAUACACCUACGACACGAAAGAAGUACUUUUUGGGCAAGAGAGCAAGUAAAGCGGGCAUGUAUAUUUAGACAGGGCAUUAUAACGUAGCAGCCUAUAUUGAUAGGUAAACCUAGGUAGCGAAAUUGAAGCAAAAUGAAUGGUAA